CCGUCGCCGCCGCCGCCCGGGGCUGAGCCGGGCUCCCCGCACCCGGAGCCAGGCGGCGGCCGGGUUCUGCCCGCGACCCUGAGCCGGAGGCAGCGGCAGCCCGGCCCGGCCGGCCGGCCGGCCAUGGUGGACUGAAGCCGCGGGGCGGGGGGGCGUGGGAGGAGGCGGCUUUCCCGAGCGAGAGAGCGGCCCCGGGGGCUGUUCCCGCGCCGCCUGCGUCCUCCCGGUGCGCAUGGAGCAGCCCCCGCCGGCGCCGGGCCAUGCCUAGGCACGCGGGGGAUGGGCAGCUCCCCCUCCCCGAGGGCUGGGAGGAGGCGCGGGACUACGACGGCAAGGUCUUCUACAUCGACCACAACAGCCGGCGCACCAGCUGGAUCGACCCCCGCGACAGGUUAACAAAGCCCUUGUCAUUUGCGGAUUGUGUGGGGGAUGAACUGCCGUUGGGAUGGGAGGCUGCAUACGAUCCUCAGAUCGGUGUCUACUACAUCGAUCACAUCAACCAAACAACACAAAUAGAAGAUCCUCGAAAACAAUGGAGGCAAGAACAAGAGAGAAUGCUAAAAGACUAUCUUAUGGUAGCACAGGAUGCACUCAGCACCCAGAAAGAGCUAUACCAUGUGAAAGAACAAAGACUAGCACUUGCCUUGGAUGAGUAUGUACGGUUGAAUGAUGCCUACAAAGAAAAAUCAAGCUCUCGAACAAGCUUGUUCUCAGGCUCUUCAUCCAGCACGAAAUAUGACCCUGACAUUCUGAAGGCGGAAAUCUCCACUACAAGAUUAAGGGUUAAGAAGCUGAAGAGGGAACUCUCUCAGAUGAAGCAGGAGCUGCUGUAUAAGGAACAAGGCUUUGAAACAUUGCAACAAAUUGACCAAAAAAUGUCUGGAGGCCAGAGUGGGUAUGAAUUAAGUGAGGCCAAAGCUAUUCUGAGUGAGCUGAAGUCUAUAAGAAAGGCCAUAAGCUCAGGAGAGAGAGAAAAACAAGAUUUAAUGCAGAGUCUGGCAAAGUUGAGAGAGAGGUUCUGCCUGGACCAGAGCACUGGGAGAUCUGAACCAGACUUCAGGUCUAGCUCUGUAAGCUCUCAAUUGUCUCUCUCUAGACAGACGCUGGAUGCAGGGUCUCAGACAGACAUUUCUGGUGAGAUUGGAGUGAGGGGUAGAUCGAAUUUAGCUGAAAAGGUCAGACUAAGUCUCCAAUAUGAAGAGGCAAAAAGAAGCAUGGCAAACUUAAAGAUUGAGCUGUCUAAGUUAGAGAGUGAAGCCUGGCCUGGGGCACUGGAUAUUGAAAAGGAAAAACUGAUGCUGAUUAAUGAAAAGGAAGAGCUCUUAAAGGAACUCCAGUUCGUCACCCCACGGAAACGCACUCAAGAUGAAUUAGAGCACCUGGAAGCGGAAAGAAAGAGGCUGGAAGAAGAGCUGCUGUCUGUAAAAAGUACACCCAGUCAAGCACUUGCUGAGAGAUUGAAAUUAGAAGAAAGAAGAAAAGAACUGGUACAAAAACUUGAGGAAACUACAAAAUUAACCACUUACUUGCAUUCACAACUUAAAAGCCUUUCAGCUAGUACAUUAUCAGUGUCUUCAGGGAGCAGUCUGGGAUCCCUGGCAUCCAGCCGGGGCUCUUUGAACACAUCCAGCAGGGGGUCACUAAACUCCCUCAGCUCCCUGGAUCUCUAUUACAGCCAAGGUGAUCAAAUAACAGAUUUGGACUAUCAGUAUAAACUUGACUUCAUAUUGCAAGAAAAAGGUGGCUACAUUCCUUCUGGGCCUAUCACUACUAUUCAUGAAAAUGAGGUAGUGAAUUCCCAUGGAAGAUUGGGUUACAGUAACUCUUCUGGAUCUUCAGCAGCGGGCCAUGCACCAAAAUUGACUGAGCCUCCCAAAUCUGUGACAUCACUCUCUUCCAGAUCCUCCCUUUCCUCCUUGUCCCCUCCGGGUUCUCCCUUGGUUUUGGAAGGUGCAUUUUCAGUGUCUGCACAAGAUUCUCCUCUGCACCACCUCAGCACAGACUUUGAAGAUUGUGAAUUGCCUGGUGACUUUGCAGACACUAGUCUUUGUGAGAAGCAAAUGUUGCUGGAUUCCGAAGCUAGAGCAACAUCGCAAGCUCUUACAGAUGAUAAAGAACUCAGUGUUGGACAGCCUCUGUCUCCUUUGCAUGAAAGAAAUACAGGUGUCGACUUACCGAGAAGUGCAGUAAGUCACCUGCUUGAGGAAAAAGCAGCUUGUGUGUCUGCUGCAGUGUCUGAUGAAUCUGUAGCUGGAGACAGUGGUGUAUAUGAAGCUUCUGUGAAACAACCAAAUGAAACAGAAGAUGUUAUAUAUAGCGAAGAUGACGCAAUUUUAGAGGCUGCCCAGAUACGAGUAGGACUGAGAUAUGACGCAGGCAGUUCAAGCUUUGUGAUAAUUGUAGCCCAGCUCAGAAAUCUUCCUGCCUUCUCUGUCCCCCUCAGCUCCAAAGUGUAUGUUAGAGUAGCAGUACUUCCAUCUUCAACUGACAUCAGCUGUCUGUUCCGCACUAAAGUCCAUCCUGCUAUGGAAAGCAUUUUCUUCAAUGAGAUAUUCAGAGUAGCUAUUUCCCAAGCAGCUUUGCAGCAGAAGACAUUGAGAGUAGAUGUCUGUUCUGCCAGUAGAACUCGUCGGGAAGAAUGCCUGGCUGGAACUCAGAUCAGCCUGGCAGAUUUAUCAUUUUCUAAUGAGACUUGUACUCUGUGGUAUAACCUGCUGCCUUGCAAGCAAAUUCAAGGCAAUAAAAACAAGAUACAAAUUGAGGAAUCUGUAUUUCUACUAAAACAGCAGUCAUCAGGCUCAUUGGACUUGGAUGCUGUGUCAGCUCUCCUGGAGAGGACAUCUGCUGAGUUGGAAGCAGUAGAACAGGAGUUAGCUGAAGAGGAAGAAGAGGAGCAGGAGCAGAGGGGCCCUGAAGAAGACUGGUUAGAAAUGCUAGCAGAAGCAUCUGAUGAAAUUGUGAAUGAAAAGGAGGAUGAAGUUACACUGGCAGUGAAAGGCAAAUGUAUAGAUAACCUGGGGUUACACACUGACACCACAGCCACAGAUGAAGACAAGGAUGAGGAAGAAAGUAACCAUGCUGAUGCCUCUCACAAUCAACUGACAGCCCUAGUACCAAAUCUGGUUGAUAAAGAGACUAACACUGAGGAAGCAGUUAAUGAGAACCUGGCAGUCCGACCCAAGGACAGAGCCAGCUUGAAUUCUAGACAGCGUCCUUUUGUCAGAAACAGCAUGAUAGUACGCUCACAAACCUUCUCUCCAGGCGAGCGGAACCAAUACAUCUGUAGGUUGAAUCGAAGUGACAGUGACAGCUCUACACUGGCCAAAAAGUCACUCUUUGUGAGAAAUGCCACAGAACGGCGGAGCCUAAGAGUGAAAAGACCUGCUUGCCAGCCAACCAUGCGACCAGCAGCACAAGAAUGCCCUGCACGUACUUCUCUUGACUUGGAAUUGGAUCUCCAGGCAUCUCGCACUCGCCAGAGCCGUCUGAACGAUGAGCUUCAGGCUCUGCGUGAUCUAAAACAGAAGCUUGAGGAGAUGAAAGCCAGAGGAGAGACGGACCUUCCCCAGUGUGUACUGGAGGAUGAGCGGUUCCAGAAGCUCUUGAAACAAGCUGAAAAGCAGGCUGAACAAUCAAAGGAAGAACAGAAACAGGGUUUAAGUGCUGAGAAAUUGAUGAGAAAAGCUUCUAAGGAUGUAUGUCGGUUACGGGAGCAGAGCCAGAAAGUGCCAGUGCAAGUGCAGUCAUUCAGGGAGAAGAUUGCAUACUUUACAAGAGCAAAGAUCAGCAUACCAUCCCUACCUGCUGAUGAUGUGUAAUUACAUUUUUCAUUGAAGUAUUUUUCCACUUGCUCAUCUUUUUUAGAUGAAUUUUUUGUAGUUCUAGCUGCCUGCUUUUAAAGAUCUAUUUUACAUUCAGCUAUAGAUAUAUGUAUUGUAUAAUACAGUGAACUGAAUUUUCAUCUGUUUAAAAAAAAAGAAAAAAAAUAACAAAUACAAACCACCACCGCCAGCAAACCAAAGUAGAAUAAUUUUGGUACACUGAUGCUAAUUUUGUACAGUUUGUAUGUAUUGCGUAUGCGCUUUUAUUUUGUAAAGAUGGAACAAAGGCAGUACCAAGUGUGUAUCCUGUUGAACCGCACUGUGUUGAGAAUAUUAUGUUCAACAGAAGAUUGUUUAUCUUUUCACUAUUUUCAUGUGAGCAGACUGUGAAGAUGGCUGUUAAGCCAUGCAAUAUUUUUAUACAAGUGUGACUUUUAUAGUUUGAAGUUAACCACAAGUACAAGCUCCUUUCCAAAACAGCAAGGCUGCUGUUUAGAUUCUGUCACCUACAUGGGGAUUUUGUUUCUGAAAAAAAAACCCUUUCCUUUCUGUCCUUAUUAUUAUUUGCAUGAAGAAGGAACAUAGAGUAUCAAGUAUAACUGUGUGAAUGUACAGUACUUUGGGCUGCACUAAAGGUUUCAUGGUCCCCUGCAUCUAUGGGGGGAGGGAGGUGUGCAAAUCUGUAAUCCUAAAAUCUUGUUCAACUGAAGUUACCAAAAGGGCAGCUGCUUUUUUGAAGCUGAAUUGAAUUUACAUCGAAGUGUUUAAAUCUGAGUAAUUGUAUGCGGCAGGCUAAAAACCUUGCAUUUAAAUGUCCUAAAUGUUCUCUAGUUUUGGUAACUAGAAUAUGGGGGGGGGAGGGAAUUCAGGUUUACAAACACUUCUAAAAAAUUGUGCCGUUGUCAAAAUAGGGUGGAAAACCCCUUACCUAAUACAUUCUUAAUUAAUUCAUUGUUUCAAGUACCAGAAGUACUGAUGACACAGAAAUGCAUACUGAAAAAAGAAGUCCCUGGGUAGUAGGCUUAAAAUAUUUCGGUGGGAUAUGCGCUACACAGUUCUCAGAUUUUUAAUAUGCAGAACACAAGCUGCUUUUCAGAGUGACGGGGGUUUAAGUUGACAGCUAUUAGAAGUAAAUGUGAACAAUCUCUCCAAACAGAAUUAACUUACUUGUCCAGAAUCUUUGUUACAAAAAGGUAAAAGACAAUGUGGAUGUGCUUGUCAUAAGUCCUUGAACUCCUGCAUAGGGCUGCUUCUCAGUAUUUACAGCAACCUGUCUCAGAAAAAGACAUUCUAUAGUUGAUUUUAUCUUCAAAAGAACAUAACUAAUAUGGUUGCAUCUGCAAUCCAUGGCUUCAGACAUUUUUCUCCCAAAAUGUUAUGCUAGAUUAUUUUUUUCCCCAUUUUUUUGGAUAGAAUCUUUGUUUCCAAGCUCCAGACCACACUGACAAGCUACCUACACAUGGUACUUUACUUUUUCAGAAAGUAAUUUUAGUGAAGUAGAAAGAUGGAGAGAACAUAGAUAGCUACAGUGUAUUUGCAAAUGUCUUAAGCUCAAAGUAAGAAAAUUCCGUGCCCAGCAUUGUGUGUGUUAAGCUUAUCAAGGACUUUCUUGUUAUGCACAAAUACAUCUAUGGACUCAAACCAUUUAAAUCGAUAACUGGAUGCCACACUGUUUUGAACAAGAGGUCAGUUAGGUCAACUGACUGAGCAUGAUUUGUUUCAUGCAUGCCCCAUUUAUUUUUUAAAAGGCUACUAGAAAGAAAAAGAUAACAUUGAUGUUUGUGAGGUCAAUUUUAAGAACAAAAGUUUGAAAUUAUUUAACGUAGAGGUGAAAUGAAGGUUGACUGAUUCAGCUUCUCAAUUUGAUUAUAUAAUAUGUUUGUAGAAUGAUGUGUAGAGUUGUACCUUAUGAUUUAUUUUCUUUUAUUUAUUUACAGUCUUAUUUAUGUUCCGUUUAAUAUAGUUCAGUUCUGGCCAUUUAAAAUGUUUGACAUUAAAGAGGUUAUCAUGAGAAAUGUUUUCAAUAUUCUACAUUUUUGUCUGACUAGGUGAUCCUAACAACAUUCACAAGAGUAUUAAAGUAAAUUUUGUUUGACUGGUAAUUAUAGGUGUGGCCCGGACUAAGUUCUGUUGGCUUCAGUUUGCAAAAUUUGCUCAUUUUUAAAAUGAGACUGGCUUAGGUGUGUAGACUCUCUCCUUACUUUCCAAGUCCUCACUAGUAUUACAAACCUAUUUAUAAGCAGCUUUUAACAAUUAUGUUUUUUGUUUAUAUAGCUCAUUCAAAUUAUUCACACUGAUGAAACAUUAAAUAUGCUGAAUUAAAAAUGGAUAUGGACAAACCCAUAUGAAAUCUAAAACUUAUACAUAUUACUCUUAAAGUAGCAGAAUUUACCCUCCACAGGGUAAGAAAUGUAACAUUUAGCUCUCCUGUCUCAAUUAUCAGUAUGUUAUUACAACUGUGUGUAUCAAAAUCUAAGUAUUACAGGUACAAAACAAUAUUAUUGUUUAGCCAAAUGGACAAGUUUAGCAGAAAUUGUAAAAUGAAACAAAUUAAUUUAAAAUUUUUUUUUUUUUUUAAUUAUUGCAAUGUUUAUACUAUAUUAAGUAUCAAAUGCUCAGGACUGAACUAAAUAUUUAAUCAGGUUAUAUUCUGAACGUGUUUCUGUUUUAAUUUUGUCUAUAACAAAGUAUGCAACUACAUCACAUAGAUUAAUUUUUGUCUCUGCACUUUUCAUGUGUUUCAGUGAUUGGAAAAAAUACAAUUUUUUAACAAA